AUGAAGACGCUUCAGGAGCGUCUCGUCAAGCGCGCCACCGCUGAGGGCCGUGAGAGCUGGCUUUCGGACUGGUGGCUUUCAGCCUCGUACAUGUCGUACCGGGAUCCCGUGGUGCCAUUCUCGAGCUACUUUUAUCUGCACAAGUCAGUGCCGAAGACGACCUCUGGCAUCACGCGCAGCGCUCACCUGCUUAAGGCGAUGAUGGCGUUCCGCCACCUGCUCGUGACGGAGCAACUUGCGCCUGAAAAGACAAAGACAGGAUAUCUUUGCAUGGAGCCAUACAAGUGGAUGUUCAACUCGUGUCGAAUCCCCGUCGCGGGAGAAGAUGUGUCGACGUCAUUUGACCCGGCGGCUCACCAACAUGUGAUUGUGGUUCGGAAUGGCCACUUUUUCGCUGUCGAUCUUGUGAACAAAAUGACCGGCAAGGAGCUUAGCGUCGCUGAGAUUGAGGUCCAGCUAGACCGCAUCAUGAACGACUCACGUACACAGAAGAUGGCCAGCGCACCAGUCGGUGCGUUCACGGCGGCAAACCGCGAUGCAUGGCUUAAGAACCGCGAGGCUCUUCUGUCUGGACCAAGUGCUGAGCAGAACCGCAAGGCUCUGGAGAAAAUUGAAAGCGGCAUCAUCGUGCUAGCGCUCGAUAGUGGGAAGCCUGUGACAUUUGACGAGCGUGGCGUUGCUGUGUAUGGCGGCGAUGCGCGCAAUCGUUUCUUUGACAAGCAGCAGAUCGUCGUAUCGGAAAAUGGCGCAUCGGGCUACAUCGGCGAGCACUCGAUGAUGGAUGGCUCGCAGACGCUGCGCCUCAACAACUUUAUGGUUAGUGCCCUUGAGGCUGGGAAAAUUGAGCUUGGCGGUCCUUCGUCGGGAUCCGUGCUGGACGAUCCUGAAUUCCUAUCGUUUGACGUCAAUGCGGACUUGUCGAAUGCGUCAAACGCAGCAGGCCAAGACUUUGCGUCGCUUAUGGAUGAACAGGACAUGUCUGUGCUGGACUUUACCGCAUAUGGCAAGGAGGCCAUUAAGCAAUACAAGUGUUCCCCCGAUGCAUGGGCACAGAUGUGUAUUCAGUUGGCCUUCUAUAAAAUGUUUGGUCAUCCGUGUGCCACAUACGAGGCUGCACAGACGCGCAAGUUCAAGCUGGGCCGCACGGAGACGAUCCGCAGCUGCAGCCUUGAGAGCCUGGCCUUUUGCCAAGCGAUGCAGGAUACGAAUGCGACGGAUGCAGAACGCUACGAAAAAUUCCAAGCUGCUGUGACUCGGCAUGUCAAGAACGCAAAGGAGGCAGCGGAAGGCGCAGGCGUCGAUCGUCAUCUCUUUGGAUUGAAGCGUUUGAUUCAGCAGGGCGAGGAGCCUCCUGCUUUGUUCAGAGACCCAAUGAAUGCGCAGAGUGGCACAUGGAUCUUGAGUACGUCACAGAUUAGCUCUGAGGUGUUCGAUGCGUGGGGCUUUGGUGAAGUAACACCAAAAGGCUUUGGCGUUGCCUAUGCGAUCAAGAACAAUGCUCUCACGUUCACGAUCAUGUGCUUGAAGAAGGUGCAUAGUGCCUCUCGCUUCACCUUCUUCUUAAACGAAGCUGGUAUUGAGCUUCGUGCUAUGCAUGACCGUCUGAACCAAGCGAAAUCGGCGUCGCCCAAACUUUAG